AUGACCAUCCCAACAGCUGAUGUGUUAAAUCACUACCAAAAAGAGAAACCUGAAGCAGCUGAUAGCGUUGAAAUUACGCCAGCCAAAAGUAUCUCCGGAAAAGUUGUGAGACGAUCUGUCUAUUCCAUUUACAUAAUUCUGAUGGCUGCUUCCGGAAUUAUUCUUUACUUACAACCAUGCGAGACAACUUUAUUAAUUUUUCUAAUUUUACACUCGCUCAUGAUAUUAUCCUUCUACUUUCUUGUGCGGCUCGUUUUAUGCUCUCAGAAUGCGAAUCUGAUCGUGACGUUGUCUGGACUUCGUUGGGAGCAGCAUGAAGCUAAUCAGUCUCCUCUUGAGUUUCCGGCAAAAAUUCAACAAAGCCAUGGAAUAAUAGGACGAGAUCAUCUGAGCUAUGCAUUCAUCUGA